AAGACAAGUGCUAAAUUGUGUGCUAUUUUCAUUCCAAAUUACAUUUCCACAAACACACUAUAAUUCAUUACACUCACUCCUAAUGUAUUCUAAUAGUACUAAUAUUUAUUUUUCUAAUGAUUGGUUGAUGAAGCAAAAUCUCGAUAAUUUGUUUUGAAUCGUUACAAACAUAAAGAGAAAAUUAUAAUCCUCCCGAUAUCUCGAAGUUUGAACGGGUCUAUUAACGCUGUCAAAAAUGCUAUUGUUUAAGUUAGUUGUUGCUAAUAAAUUGCAAUGUGAACAACAUCACAACUGAAAUGGCAUCGAAGCAAGAAAUCGAAAUUGACGAAAGUCUUUAUGUAAAAGAUGUUGAUGAGACUGAAGGUUCCGAAGAAACAUUACCCGAAAGUAUCCCGCUGAACGGUAAAUCUCGUGUGAGUGACUUUUCAUUUGCUUUAUUAAUGCAAAAGUGUGGUUCCAUUUUAUUGAACAAAAAAAAAACAAACAAAGUGAAACGACUGAAGGAAACAGCAAUGACAAAUGUAAUUAACGUCCUUGCGUUCGAAAACGAUGUAAUUUUAACAAAAAAUCAAGUUUAUAAGAAAAUUAAUAAUAUGAAAUCAAGAGUGAAAGAUAAAUGUCUAAGCGGCAAGAAAAUUCAGCUCAACGCGGGUGAGAAAAUAUUUGCUGCACUUAUGGAAACAGUCGGAUCUUCGACCAUACCGGAAGCAACCGGUGAAUUAAUGGACCUGUCUGGUAGUGAAUUGGCUUUACGUGAUCAAGGUUUGCUGUGCGAAUCAAUCGAAAUUGAUCCGACAUCGGAAUCACAAGCUGAUAUGACACCGUCGAAAGUCGGAUCUUCGACCAUACCGGAAGAAACCGCUGAAUUAAUGGACCUGUCUGGUAACGAAUUGGCUUUACGUGAUCAAGGUUUGCUGUGUAAAUCAAUCGAACUGAAUCCGACAUCGAAAUCACAAGCUGAUAAGACACCGUCGACAGUCGAAUAUUAUAUCAUACCGCAAGCAACCGGUGAGUCAAUGGACCCGUCUGGUAGUGAAUUGGUUUUACGUGAUCGAGGUUUGCUGUGUGAAUCAAUCGAAAUUGAUCCGACAUCAGAGUCACUGUCGUCCGACAAACCGGAUUUGGUUUCGGUAAUUGAAACCGCCUCGAAUACGUCAUCAAAAAUUGUAGGAUCGAACAUUUUCGGUGAAUUUACGCAAUCAAACAUAAGUGGUGUAUCGGAUGACGAGCAACUAUCACCGAAAAAAGAUCGUGAAGAAAACGAGAUUCCCGAUUUAACGAAACAUAAUAUCGAAGAGCUUCAAAAGUUAGUUCUAAUAGAACAGCUGAAUGUUCUAAAGGCUGAAAAAAAGUUUUAUGAAAAAGCUUGUUAUGUUUUAGGUAAAUGUUCUCAAAGUUAAAAAAAAAA